AAUGGCUUCGUGAGUGUACGGAAGCAGCUGCCCACAUGACAACUAUGUGCUUUUGCCACUGACUUCGGACAUUUAGGACUUUUUAAAAUAAUAAAUAUAUAUAUAUAUUUUUUUAAAGUUAAUUCAUCCAGACUCACAACACCCCCGUCUGUUGGACUCUCAAAAGUUUUUCUCUGUGGAGACAAAAGGGCUGCAAGGUGCAGGGAUGAGCAGGUCCAAGUCCAACGAGGAUAAAAGAUCCACAUGGCCUGCGGUCGCUCGACUAACACGCAGUUGCAGCAGUACCGGGUCUAAGGACUCUGGACCGGGCCAGUACAGGAAACAACGCAAGAAGCAGUCGCACUCUGCACUGACUCAGGACCUCAGUCAGAUGAGCGUAAGCGGGCAGGGAGGCCUGACUGCCAGUGAAGGAAAGCAGUUAGGUCAACGUCAAGAUGGCCCCUCUUUGGCCAAAUCUGGUGGCGGCCUGGCCUCCGUGGCCCAUCGGAUGAAGAUGGGUCGCUGUAAGAACAUUGUGGUGGUGGCAGGAGCCGGAAUCAGCACCGCCAGCGGAAUUCCCGACUUCAGAACUCCAGGAACGGGCCUUUACGCCAACUUGGAGGCAUACAACAUCCCCUACCCGGAAGCCAUUUUCAACGUCGACUACUUCUCCAACGACCCACAGCCUUUCUUCUCUCUGGCCAAGGUGCUCUAUCCCGGGAGCCACAGACCCAACUACAUCCACUUCUUCAUCCGCAUGCUGCACCACAAGGGCCUGCUGCUCCGCGUCUACACGCAGAACAUCGACGGCCUGGAGAAAUUGUGCGGCAUCCCUGAUGACAAACUGGUAGAAGCUCACGGCAGUUUUGCCACCGCUUCCUGUCACCUGUGCUACACGCCGUACCCCUCAGAGGAAGCAAAGCGCGCCAUCAUGAGCGGCGACGUCCCCACGUGCACAUUCUGCGCUGCCACGGUCAAGCCCGACGUGGUUUUUUUUGGCGAGGACCUUCCUCAGAAGUACUUCCUCCAUACCAAAGACUUCCCCAAAGCUGACCUGCUGGUCAUCAUGGGGACGUCGCUACAGAUCGAGCCUUUUGCCAGCCUGGUGAACACAGUGCGCGCCACGGUGCCGCGUCUCCUCCUCAACCGGCACGCCGUGGGACCGUUCCAGAGGAUCCCGUUGCGCAGGGGGGACCACGUGGAACUGGGCGACCUGGAAAACACGGUGCGGAAGUUUGCAGAGAUGCUGGGCUGGAACGACAACAUUGUGGACCUGAUGAAGAGUCAAGAACAACAGCAGUGUAUCCCGACGGUCAGUGGCAGAAGCGGAACUGGUGGCGAGGAGUCGGACUCUGAGACGGACAGCAAGUGUUCUGCGUCAUCCUGCCUGAGCAACUGACAGCGGAAGACAACAAUACUGUUGUUGAUCCUUCUCAUGUUUGACAUGUUUUCGCUUCUGACAGUCUGUUUCUAAUGUUCAACAAAUGACAAAUCUACUUUAAGCACGUCUAAAGUCAACUGUUAUUAAUACAGUAUACACACUAUUUUGAGCAAUAUUUAAUAAAACCUGUUGAGUAAUGAGCCCAAACUGACAAUUAAUUUUUUUUAUUUGCCUUUUUUUGUUGUUUUUUGUUUCAGUGAUAGGUUCACUACAUAAAAUAGUGAGAUUUACAUCAUGUAAAAGUGUGCAAAAAGAACACAUUCUCCCCGUGGAGGGGGGACAUGCUGUAUGUUAGACAUGGAGUUCACCAUCAUCAAAGUCCAUGGAAUGAAAGGAAUGUCUGGAAUAGUGUUGGAGGCCUCAUGUAGCCAAAGUUGUAUUUAGAAAUUACAGUGGUAAUGUGAUUUUAAUUAAUGUUGCUUGUUGUCAGCAGCUGUUUGUGAGCUGGAGCCGUGGGCGAUAGAAGCUCCUUGGAAGUAUUCUCAUUUUGAAUUGAGGUGUUUGACAGUUUGUUCCAAAAUUGCAUUGCUAACUGUGGUUCUCCUUGCAUACAUCUGAGGGCAUUACAGUACCAUUGCAUAAUUUUUUUUUUCACUUCAAGCAGCGGUGUAUCUAAAGCUCGCUCUUAAUUCAAAUAAAAUAUUGACCGAGCAACAGU